ACUAUGCACCCGUGUAAGUAUAAUGACAAAUAAAGUUGAAUUGAAUUGAGUUACUUCCGCCUCACUAACAGAAUCGCCCACUCCGUCUGCCUGUCAGGACUUGCCCACAGAGACGCAGCCCCGAGACUCAGCUACAGGAAGACUGGAAUCCUGAGUGUGGGACAACUGGGAUUGUGUGACGGUUGAGACCUAAACUGAACCAAACCACCACCAGCUGCAGAGAAUUUGUCCCAGUGGGAUUAGUUUUUAGACAGAGAAUGGAGAGCACACUGGUCAGGAAUUUGCUUUUCUACUGCAUAUCAGCUGCUGCCUUGAGCUGCUGCACAGGAUCAGGGCUCUGUGUCCCUGAACACACUGAGAACAUAUCAUGCAGAACCAUGGACCCUCCUGGAGUUUUCUGUCAGUCCUUCAAGGAGUGUGGUGCACAGCCAGGCCAGUGCAAACAGCUGGAUACCCCAGACAAGCUAGCAUGCAGUGUCAGAUUCAGAAAGGAAGCUUCCAAAAGAAUAUACUGCACUGAAGAGAUUGCUGAAGUCAGAUGCUGGGCAAAGAAGCCUUUUGCACUGUAUUGUGAUCAAAACAAUUGGUUGGACCUUAGUGAAGACACACAGUACUGUCACCUGACCUACCAAAGACCCACCGGAGAUCUUCCGUCUACAGGAUUCAAGACAACCACAGUGACCCCAAUCACUGAAGUCCUGAAUACCACCUCCACUGAAAAUCAAAUCCCACCUAAGGAUUCAUCCAUAUCUGACAGUUCCACAGAGGACAAAAACCCAGCAGCAGACUCUAACGGUAGGGUGAAGAGUCUGGUUGGAGUGUUUGUGACUCUGGGUCUGUUAACCAUAACAGCUAUUGCUGUCACCCUGAUCCGGAAAUACAGGCGCCAGGCUGGAAUGGGGAAGAAACACCUAAAACUGUUAGAUAAGAGUAUGGAGAAUGGGAUCAAUUUUUCUAACAGUGAUAACCUGCUCUCUUCGCUGGAGUGAUUAUCCUGAGACUGUGGAAAUGAUCACACUACAGGAAACUUAAGGGAGGAGAGACCUCAUCUACACAAGCAAUUGUCACGACUGGAGUCCCUCCCCCCUUAAGGGCGCUCCGGCCCUUUCACUUUGGACUUGAUUUUGUGCACCUGUCUCCUGUUCCCAGUCCACCUUAAAAGCCAGGCGCUGACAUUAAUCACGGCUCUGCAUCUGAUUUCCACAUCGUGGACCGGAUCUGGUUGCGCCUGCCUCCGUUAUGUUUUUAGCUUCCCGCUCUUGUUCCUGUUCCCCCCGCCGGUCCCGAACCGGCACCUAUUUUUAAUACCUGGUUUUUGGAUGGACCGCUUGGCUUUGGACUUUGCCCGUUUUUUGGAUUGUUUGCCUCGGCCACACCUCCCCCGUGCACCAGCGCACUUUGGA